AUGCGUUCACUUAGCCGCACAGCUCGUGGAGUUCCACUACAUGGGAAAUCAUCAACUCCCUCCCUGUUAGUCUUGGACGACUAUCUUCGGAUCUCAGCGAAACAUUUUGAGCACUUGCAGCCUCCAAAAUUACAAGUUGAAAUCUCUGAUACCUACCUGCCUCAGCGAACUGCCGAAGAAAAGAGCAGCUUGGUAGAGAAGCUCUACCCGUACGACAUCAUCUCCACUGUGCGUGAGCGAACACCAUUCCCUGGGGAGCUGCUACGUCAAUUACCCAACUUGAAGUUGUUGCUAUGUACUGGUACUCAGUUUGAGACCUUUGACUUAGAGGCUGCCAAGAAGCUGGGGAUCACAGUUGCUUCAGCGCUGGGUCGAGGGCGCAGUGACGGAGCACAGCAUAAGCAGGACAUACGGAAAGGAGGAAGCCAUCCUGCCACGCACCAUACAUGGGCUAUGAUCCUUGCUCUGGCUAGAAACAUUGCAGCAGACGAUGGGUCUAUCAAAACUGGCGGGUGGCAAUCAGACAUGGCUGUUGGUCUAUCAGGAAAGACUCUGGGAGUCGUUGGUCUGGGGAGGCUGGGAGCAGCAGUGGCGAGAAUCGGGUCUUUAGCAUUUGGCAUGAAGAUCAAGUGCUGGAGCAGCAGCUUAGACCAAGCCAAGGCUGAUGAGAUGGCUGUCAAGCUUGGCCUGCCUACUGUGGAUGAAGACGGCGACAAGACCUUUCAAGCAGUGAGCAAGGAAGAACUCUUUGCGACAGCUGACGUAGUCACUCUGCACUACGUUUUGAGUGAACGAUCCCGCGGUCUUAUUAGUGUCAAGGAACUCAAAGCGAUGAAGAAGUCAGCAUUGCUGGUUAAUACAUCCCGUGGCGCACUCAUUGAUGAGACGGCACUGCUGGGUGCAGCGAAUGAGGGUUCCAUUCGCGGCGUUGCAUUGGAUGUCUUUGAGUCCGAGCCUCUGCCCGCAGAUAGUCCAUGGCGGUCUCAGGACUGGGGAAAGGGUAACAAGAGUCGGGUUCUAGUGACCCCUCAUAUGGGGUAUGUCGAGGAGGGCAUUAUGAAUAGCUGGUAUGCUGAACAGGCAGAGAAUGUUGAGAGAUGGUUGGACGGAAAGGAUGUUCUUCAUCAAUUAGCUUAA